CAGGAACAAGUCGAAACGCAGAAGACGAGCAGAGCUGGAGAGAAAAUGGCCGACAGAUUCAAUAGGUUCAACGAAGAACGUGAUUUCCAGCUGCAGUACUGUGUUGUGUACAGAUCGCAGAGAUGAGUUACAGGACUGGAGUGCAUCUUGCAGUCUAAUGAAUCAUGCUACACUGUCUGAGGAGCAAGUUUUGCUUGGUUGAUCUACAACAGAAGUCCAACAAACUGUCAAUCAAAUAACUAGGGCAAACAAAGGAUUACAGUGUAAUACAAGCAGGUUAAACAAGGAUGUUGGAAUUGGAAGCUUAUUUAGAAUCCCCCUACCACUUAAAUCAAAACUGUAUUUUAGUGUUCUGUUCUAUCUUUUUUUUUUCAUCCCCUUUUCUCCCAAUUUGGAAUGCCUAAUUCCCACUACUCGGUCCUUGUGGUGGCGCAAUUACUCACCUCAUCCUGGUGGCGGAGGACAAGUCUCAGUUGCCUUCACUUCUGAGACCUUCAAUCCACGCAUCUUACUCUGCAUGUGGAGGCUCAUGCUACUCUCCCUGAUCCACGCACAUCUUACCACAUGCCCCAUUGAGAGCGAGAACCACUAAUCACAACCACAAGGAGGUUAUCCCAUCUGACGCUAUCCUCCCAAUAUUUUUGCUUAGGAGACCUGGCUGGACUCACUCAGCACACCCUGGAUUCAAACUUGUGACUCCAGGGGUGGUAGUAAGUGUCAAUACACACUGAGGUACACGGGCCCCCCUGUUCUCUUCUACCUUGAUAUAUUUUUGUGUGCCCCACAUCAUAUUCUCUCUCAGCUGUUGUCCUGUCUGUUCAGUUUCAUCUCCUGAUGUGUCUGGACUGAAACGGUCUCUGAUCCUGUUGUUGUCGAGCAGAUGUCUGUACUACCAGCAGAUGAGAUUAGAAUGCAGGCAGCACGGAAAUGUAUUUCCUGGAAAGGUCUUCCCUGAUGGAGGUUCCUCUGUCUGCUUGUCCUAACCUUUGGGAAUUAGUUCUCACCAUGGAGUAUGGAUCAGCUCUUCCAAUCUUACAUUACACCCCAUAUAUCUUCUCUUCUCUAUCCCAGACAAAACCCAAAGACAAGACCAAACCGAAAGAGGGUCUCUCAACAGUCUCCUCAAAUUUCUCCAAAUAUUUAGGGUUUGAUUUGAGUCACACAGGCAUUGUGUUUUUUGUGAUUUGAUUAUUAAUGCCAACCAGGGUUGCAAAUUGUAAGAUAUUUUCAUUAACGUUAAUGAAUGAUAAUCAAUUAAUCAUUAACAAAAACAAUAAUUAACUGCAAGCUUGAAAGAAAAACAAUUCUUCAAUCAAAGCUUUAUUUAUUAGGGAUGUCAUAAAAUAUUGAUUAUUGAUCUGCAUGUUAUAUUAUCUAUAUAUUUUUGAGGCAUUGACGUAUUAAAAUUAGCCAACAUUUAUGUAAGAAGCCUUAUUUGCGUGCUUUCAAUUCACUCAGUUGGGUUUCUGUUUAAUAGUGUGGCGAAUUGGCGUUGGGAGACCACAAGAGUGUGAUAUAACUUUUACUGAAGCCGGGUUGCAGAUAGGACCAAAAGCACCAGUAUCACACAUGGAAGACGAGCUGAUGCGGCACAGCAGAAGGCAGUCCAAAGUUACAAAGAUUUUUGUACUUCAAGAAUGAACAAAGUGACUUUAAUGAGUUUGCAGGGUGGAAAUCACUUUGACCAGUAUGAGGAAGGCCAGUUGGAGUUGGAACAGGCCUCUUUAGACAAACCCAUAGAAUCGGAUAACAUUGGGCACCGACUUCUUCAGAAACAUGGCUGGAAGUUGGGUCAAGGCCUGGGCAAAACUAUGCAGGGACGAACUGACCCGGUGCCCAUCGUUCUCAAAUAUGACGUCAUGGGAAUGGGGCGCAUGGAGAUGGAGCUGGACUAUGCAGAAGAUGCCACAGAGAAGCGUCGGGCGCUGGAGAUAGAAAAAGAAGACACAGAGGAACUGCGUCAAAAAUACAAGGAUUAUGCGGAAAAGGAGAAAGCCAUAGCCAAAGCUCUGGAGGACUUGAGGGCCAACUUCUACUGUGAGCUGUGUGACAAGCAAUAUCAGAAACAUCAGGAGUUUGACAAUCACAUAAACUCAUAUGACCAUGCACACAAACAGAGACUGAAAGAGCUGAAGCAGAGAGAGUUUGCUCGGAAUGUGUCAUCUCGUUCUAGAAAGGAUGGCAAGAAACAGGAGAGGAUGCUGCGGCGUCUCCAUGAACUGGCAGAACAAAGGAAGCAGCAAGAGUAUGUCCCUGGUAGUGGCCCUAUGUUUAAACCCACUACAGUGAUAGUAGAUGGUGAGAAGGGAGACGACUCCAUGGAUGGUGUGCCUAUGACCAUAGAUUCCAACACAGAACCUAUUGACGAUAAGGGAGUCUGUAGUGUUGGUGAUCAAGGCUCCCCUAGAUCAACUCCUUCCAUCAGCUUUGGCUUCAACAAAACUGGCUCUUCCCCAACGCCCUCUGGAGGCUCACAUGCUCCCAAAGUUAGUGUCUCCUUCUCCUUAGCUAAAAAAGCCCCCGUCAAACUUGAGACUGCAGCAGCUGUCUUUGUAGACCCUGGUGAAGAAGCAAUGGAGGGAGAAGAAGGUCAGGAAGAGGGAGGAGAUAAGACAGGAGGAGAGGAAGGAGCUGUGGAAACUAACACUGAUAGCCCACAAUGUGCAGCAGGAGGUGAGGAUGAACUGUCACAACCAGAUGAUGGAGGAACCCUGGCCUCCACUUUGAAUAAGCUGAAGAUGAUGAUGAAAAAGGAGGAAGGUUACUCUGGACAGGAGCCACAGUAUUACCAUUAUGUACCUCCUACACACUGUCGGGUCAAGCCACAUUUCAAGUUUCUGCUUUUCAUGAAGGCCUCAGACCAGUGUGCCAGUGAAGAGGAUGGAAAGAAAGCUGAAAAAGCAGUAGCUGGUGAAGAUGGAGAGCAAAUAAAGCUAAAUGUCAGCAGCAAAUAUGAAAAAGAGACAGUGAACGAACCUACACAAGUGCAAAACACAACUCCUCCUCCCACAUCAACCAAAAUGAAGACCGAGGAAGUAUCAUGUAGUAGUACCUCAGCGGGGCAAAGUAAUACAAUAAUUUUAGAAAUUUCUUCCCAACCAGCUGAUGCCAAGCAAGGAAUGUCUGAGCCUCCAGACACAGGUCCCCGCAUACCAACUGGGCCUUUCUUUCCUGUGCUUGGUAAGGAUGAAAGCACCACGUUGCAAUGGCCUUCUGAAUUGCUGGAGUUCACUAAGGCUCAGCCAUCCCUCUCCUACAGUUGUAAUCCUCUCUACUUUGACUUCAAGCUGUCUAGAAACAAAGGAAACUGGGCAGGGAAAAACAGCAAAUCUGCCAAGCCAGUUAGCACUGAUGGAGGAGAAGGAUCAAAGUCUGUCAGCAUGGAUACUACUCCUGAUGUAGGAGAGGGAUCCAAGUCUGGCAGCAUGGAUACUACUCCUGUCAGUAGUGGAGAGACCUGCACUUCCACAAUGGUAGCAGGACCAAGUACUGAUCAAAAGAAACAUUCAUCCUUAAAAGAGGGAGGUGCUGAUAAUGAGAACAAAGAGCAGAAAUUACAAAGUAGUGUGGAUGUGUCUGCAGGGACUAAGAAAAAGAAAAAGAAGAAAAAACAUAAGAAAUCAAGCAAGCGUUCCAAACGCAGCGAAAAAGUAGCAGUGGACGUGGAGUUGGAGAAUGAGAUGUCAGAAGAUAAAACUAAAAAGAAAAAAAAACAUAAAAGAAAGAAAAGCAAAAAUAAACCAUGUGAUGCUGAGGAAAAUGAAGAGGGAGGUGACCGCAAGGAAAAAGAGAAAGAUAAGGAAGAAGAGAAUCACAAGGAGGGGAAAGAUGGAGUGUCCUCUGCCCAGUCAUCUGGAGUAAAUGUGUCCCAUGAUGGAGGAAAGAGAAAACGGUCCCACACAAUGUCACAGUGGUCUGGAGUUAAGGAAAGCAGUGCAGGAAAGCCAAGCUCUGCAGAAGAGCACAAUGGUACUAAAAGCCUUAAAUCUGACCCCGAUGCACCCGCAGCCUCUUGCUCUGCUUCAGCCCAGAAAAGCUUAAGUGGAGGUCGACCUCCCAGCAGUGACAGUGAAGAGGAUGGAGGAUCAUCCUCUCAACAUUCCCGACCAGCUCGCCGUUGCUCCACACCAAAACGUGAGCACCACAGACACUGCAGUGAUGAUUCAGGACAAUCAGGACGUUCACGUAGUAGAUCGUCUCGUGGAGGUGACCAUAACCAUAGACGCCACAGAGGUCAGAAGUCAUGCAGUCGAUCUUACUCGAGUAGCUCUGAGCGUUCCUCUGCUGGGAGCAGUGCUUACAGCCGCCGUAGUCACAGUUACUCAGACAGUUACAGUGACUAUAGUGAUGAAGAACAUCGUCAUAGAACAAGAAGACCUUCUUCAGACUCAGACUAUGAAAGGCGUGAUAGUGGGCGGUCUCACAGACGGCACUAUUCCUCAUCUUCCUCUGAGGACUCUCGUUCACGAUCACGCUCACACAGCCGCAGAAAACAUCAUAGGCGGAGACACCAACGAAGUAGUAGUCGCAGCUCUAGUCGCAGUAGUAGGAGCAGCAGCGCUCGCCACUAUAGACGAAGCACUUAUAGUCACAGCCGUAGCUCUGCUAGUCGUUCAUCUAGCUCCACUAAAGGUUCUCCACAUCGACAUGGUCACAGCCGGCGAUCUGACAGCUCCACACGACGACGUGAUUUCAGCAGGUCGCGCAUUUACUGUUCCCAGUCUCCAAGGUCCUCCUCUUCCCGCACACAGGCACGAAAGAGCAACUCUUCAUCAGCACAAGGAACUAGAUGUAGUGGUGGUGCUACCUCAAAGGAAGGUGGAGGUGCUGCAGAACAUCGAAAUUCAUUCACAGCUCGGCAGCUACUGGAGAAAAUCCAGUCUCGAAAAGGAGGGGAUGAGUCUGGAACUGGCACCAAGCCAGGCAUCAAGAUCAAGGACCCUCCACAAGGAUACUUUGGACCCAAGCUCCCCCCUGCCCUUGGAAACAAAAGUAUUUUGCCCCUUUUUGGUAAACUCCAGGCAGGAAAGAAACCAUCAUUAUUUUCUCUUAUACGUUUGAAUGAGAGUGAAAAGUCAGAGCAGGGGAAAAAUUCUGAUAGUAGUGAAGUUAUCUUGGUAGAACCCAUUCGUGAAUUUCCUCCCCCACCCCAGCCACAAGUCCAACAGCAAAAGCAGCAGCAACAACAACAAAAGCAACAGUUAGAGGAGGCCGUACCAAAUGCUGUAGUGCCAGAGGAUACCAGACAUCCAGUCUCAGACACACAGGCCCUUCAGGAGUCUCAGCCACAAUAUGAGCACGAUCCAGCUAUGAUGAUCCCACAAUACCAAGGUGAGGCAAGGCAAGACCCCAGUAAUCCCAUUUCGGAUGGACAUCUAAUGGGGUCUGAUAUGGGUACGCAGUCUACUAUGCACACCUACACUGGUUACUCUGCACCCACAAUGGAGGAUGGGGAAAUGGGCAUAGAAGCUGAAGAAGAUGGACUUGCACCUUUAGAAAGUCAACCAAUUACCUUUACUCCAGAGGAAAUGGAAAAAUACAGCAAGUUGCAACAAGCAGCUCAACAGCACAUUCAACAGCAGCUGUUAGCCAAGCAGGUGAAGAGCUUCCCUUCAGCCGCAGCUGUUGCAGCGGCAGCUAAUUUGGCAGCAGCGGCUAACCUUGCCCAUGCUCCGCCACCUCCACCAGCUGCAUUGCAGCCUAUACACAUCCAUCAACCCACAGUUUCUGCAGCUUCUGCUACCUCCAUUACCACAAUGCAGCAUGCCAUCCUGCAGCAUCAUGCUGCUGCAGCAGCCAUGGGUAUUCAUCCCCAUACCCAGCAUCAUCAUCACCCUGCACAUGCCCAACUAGCCCAGGUGCACCACAUCCCUCAACAUCAUCUAACCCCUAUUUCCUUGUCACCAUUGGGACAUUCCUUAGGCCACUCAUUGGGUCACUCUUUAGGACACACAGGCUUGAUUCCAGCUCACCACACUGCCUUUUUGUCAGGCCAACCAAUACAUAUUAUACCAGCCUCUGCGCUCCAUCACAGCCCUCUUUCUCUACACCAUAUCCCCCAUGCUGCCCUUUACCCCACUCUCUUUGCCCAUCGGCCAGCCACUGCAGCAGCAGCAGCUGCCCUGCAGUUACACCCAUUUCUUCAUCCUAUCUUCUCAGGGCAGGACCUGCAACACCCACCAAACCAUGGCUCCUGAAAAUUAUAUUUGAGGUGUGAAAAUUUAAGUUUAGUUGGGUGGUAUGUACUCUGCUUCCAUAAGGGCAUCUCAUCAGGACAGUUUAUGGGUAUAUUUUAAAAAAUUUAAUAAACACAAAAAGUAUGAUUUUCUUGGCCACCUUUCGAGAUUGUAAUGUGAUGAAAAUCAUGUGAAAUCAGGACCAGGAGAUUGGUCGGCAGUGGUAUAUCGUAUGUAUAUUCCCUCAAGGAGUAAAGAAAAGGUGCAAGGGUUUAUUUUUUAGGUCAAGGACAUGGAUUUCACAACUAGAUAAAGGACAAGAAACCACAUCUUUAGUUUUCUAUGGUAUGUCAUACAUUUUUGUUCAUUGUCUGAAGUUUUUCUUAUAUCCACAGGCUGAUUGUAGGCCUUAAGUGUGGCUUGAUAGGGUUGACAAGGGCAGUCUUAGAGGGUCAUUGGGAGAUAGUUUUUUUUUGUGUACUAAGCAUUCUUGACUAAAUUAAUUGACGUGUAUGAAUAUGCAAAGAUAUAAUUGUGCCUGGUUCUCAAAAAACAGGCUAUGAUGAAUUUGACGAUGGGCCCACUACAAGGUUGCCAUAAUAUUUGGUCAUUUUUUCAGCUCAUACUAAUUGUUAUAAAAGUACCAUACUUCUAUCAAAUGGUGUCAGAAAACAUGAACAAGAUUAUUACAGUUAAAAGCCAUACUCCGCACUCAACUGUGUAAACUUAUUUUUUUGGUUGGUUGCAAAUCAAUAUUAAUGAUCUGAAAAUAGUGAAUGGAACGUAGACAUCACAAAUGUUGAUGUCACACGUUUUUAUAUUGUCACAGGCUGUUGGAACUGCAUACCAAGUUACACUUUGGGAUUUGAGGGUUCCCAUCCCUUGUAAUUAAAAUUGUGAAAUAUUGCACUGAAAAAUGUACAUUUUAGAUGCUGUUUUUUGCAUCUUGUAACAACUGUAUGAUUGUAUUCAAUAAUUUUAUUUUGUUUUUUAUUUUAAAUUAUUUUAUAUUUUUGUUUCUUUUUUUGGAAAAUGUUUUUGUUGUCUUUCUGCACAAUUAGUUCAAUGUAAAUAAACUUGUGUAAAAAGAUAAUGUAAAAUAAAUGUUUGUAACACCUGCUUAAAAAUGCUAAUAAAACAAAUAAUGAAAUAAAGGAUACAUAAACAUGAUCAGGGCUGGUACUUCAGAGGUCAGGGAAGUAUUUGGAAAGUGGAUGGACAGAAGAAUGUUGUACAAGUUUUGGUGACAAUAAUUGUGCUGUAAACAUUAGCUUUUUGAAGUCCUCUAUUCAUCAGCAAAUACAAAUUUGACUAAGUAAUCACUUGUACAAGUAUUAUACUUUUAAUACCCAGAUAAGUCUUUGACAUAAAACGUAUUUAACCUGUAAUGUUAAAAAAAAAAAAAAAAACAAUGCUUGAACAUUAAAAUAAAAUGCU